AUGUCGACCAUGAAAGACGAUGAACUGGAGGUGGUCGGAGGUGGGGCGAUUAUCACCGACUGGAAUGACAUUCCGAUGGAGCUUUUGCUGAGGAUUGUUUCUUUGUUAGAUGAUCGGACUGUCAUCGUCGCUUCUUCUGUUUGUACUGGAUGGAGAUACGCUAUCUGUUCGGGACUUUCUCGUAUUUCAUUCUCUUGGUGCAAAAACAACAUGAACAACUUAGUGCUUUCCAUUGCUCCCAAGUUUAAAAACUUAAGGGGGUUGAUCCUCCGGCAAGAUAAGCCACAGCUGGUUGAUUACGCCGUCGAAACCAUCGCAAAUAACUGUCACGACUUGCAGGAAGUCGAUCUCAGCAAAAGCUUUAAACUUUCCGAUCGAUCUUUAUACGCUUUAGCUCAUGGUUGUCGUAACCUUAUCAAGCUCAACAUCAGCGGAUGCUCUUCAUUCAGUGACAUCGCUCUUGCGUAUCUCACUGGGUAUUGCAGAAAAUUGAAAAUAUUGAAUCUUUGUGGGUGUGUCAAAGCUGCAUCCGAUAAAGCCUUGAAGGCUAUUGGAUACAACUGUGGUGAAAUUGAGUCGUUGAAUCUUGGGUGGUGUGAGGAAGUUAGUGAUAGUGGAGUAAUGAGUUUAGCUUACGGGUGUCAUGAUCUACGUGCACUUGAUUUAUGUGGUUGUGUUCUUAUAACAGAUGAGAGUGUGAUAGCACUUGCGAACAAUUGUCUACAUCUGAGAUCAUUGGGUCUUUACUAUUGUCAAAACAUUACGGAUAAAGCUAUGUAUGCAUUGGCACAGAGUCGAGUGAAGAAUGAAGAUGAAGUAUGGGAGUCUGUUAAAAGCAGAAGGUAUGAAGAAGAUGAAGGGCUUAUGAAUCUGAACAUAAGUCAAUGCACGGCGUUGACUCCACCGGCUGUUCAGGCAUUAUGUGAUUCUUUUCCGGCACUUCAUACAUGUCCCGGUAGGCAUUCACUUAUUAUAAGUGGGUGUUUGAAUUUAACUUCUGUUCAUUGUGCUUGUGCUUUUCAAGCACAUCGUGCACUCAACACACUUGCUCAUCAUGCGUAUUAGAAACGGGUCGGGCUUAAGACUUGUUGGGCUUGAAUCGGGUUUUGACUUUAUCAUGGGCUAGGCUUCUAUGGGUUGUUUCUUGUUGUUUUGGGAUGGAAAUCAUGUUAUAUAAGUUGGUUGUGUUUUGAUUUCGCAGUUUUUGGACUUGUUAACGUUUGGAUAUUGAUAUCAAGAGGGAAAUUAUUGGAUCAGUGUGU